CUCUCAAGAAAUUACACACUGGAACACGAUUGAGCAUGUUAUGAGUGAAAAAGUUCAGCUUCUUAACAGUUCAUCUGACGAGUCAAACCUUUAAAUAUAUUAAACAGACAACAUUUUUGAAACCAUAUUACAAGUAACAUGUAAGAAACACAUCUCAAACUUGUUAAGUCAUUUCAGACCCGUUAACCCUUCUCAGCCCUUUAAUCCAUCUCAUCAGUUAACCUAUCUCACCAAUUGCUACCUAUCUCAACAGCUAACCCAUCUCACCAGUUAACCUAUCUCACCAGUUAACCUAUCUCAUCAGUUAACCUAUAUCACCAGUUAACCCAGCUCACCAGUUAACCUAUCUCAUCAGUUAACCUAUAUCACCAGUUAACCCAGCUCACCAGUUAACCCAUCUCAACAGUUAACAUAUCUCACCAGUUAACCUAUCUCAUCAGUUAACCUAUAUCACCAGUUAACCCAGCUCACCAGUUAACCCAUCUCAACAGUUAACCUAUCUCACCAGUUAACCAAUCUCAACAGUUAACCGAUCUCAGCAACUAACCUAUCUCAACAGUUAAUCUAUCUCACCUGUUAACCCAUCUCAACAGUUAAUCUAUAUCACCAGUUAACCCAUCUCACCAGCUAACCGAUCUCAACAGUCAACCUAUCUCACCAGCUAACCGAUCUCAACAGUCAACCUAUCUCACCAGUAAACCGAUCUCACCUGUGAACCCAUCCCAGCUCACUUCUUGGUACGGGGUAAACAGAUGCACACACCACAGCUACUGUACCUUGGUUGUCAAAGGUUUGGCUAGACUCCAACAGCACACGUGUCAGUGUGACGAGCUACAGUUGUCAAAUACACACAAUGACAUCAUGCCUUUGAAAAAGACGCUUGCGUCCACUAUAAAUAAAGACUAAGAAAGAAAUCCAAAGGUUAAGUUAACUUUUCGCCGUCUUCAAGCUGGCUGACGAAGUCAGGAAUUUGUGGGUAGGUCUGUACACAAAGGCUGAGAAAUGCCACUCUCCAGCUAGACGUGGGAAUUUUAGUAACACGACAUUAAGUGCUGAGUUUUUCUUUUUAAUUGUUUUGUUUAUUAUUAUUUUUAUCAUUUGUGCAGCAAAAUAAUAUUGCAGGAUAAGAUUUUUUAAAAAAAUGUGUUUAUUUGUUAAUUAAAAAAUGGACUCCCUAAUGAACGUGAAUAUUCCACUUCGACCACCGUCAAAUAAACAUAAAAUUUUAAAUUAUUAACAUUAAAAAAAAAAAAUGUUAGGCUGUAAUGUGAUUUAAAAAAAAAAAAUAAAAAAUAAAAUCUUUCAAGGUGAACUUGCCUUCUUGACUUCAAUAACAAACAAAAACAAUGUGUAUUUAACGUCAAAUAAACAUAAAAUUUUAAAUUAUUAACAUUAAAAAAAAAAAAUGUUAGGCUGUAAUGUGAUUUAAAAAAAAAAAUAAAAAAUAAAAUCUUUCAAGGUGAACUUGCCUUCUUGACUUCAAUAACAAACAAAAACAAUGUGUAUUUAUUUUUGAAUUCAUAAACAUCUCAUGGAACAAGUACUUAAAAUAGCAAUACGGAUGUGGGUCGGGGUCUGGAGUGGGGAAAGGAAGGUGGGGGGGGGGGCACUAUUAAUUAGAUUGGGAAAUGCGAGGUUACCUGAAACGUGUAAGUCGUAAAGCCAGCUGGCACUGACAUUCACGAGCUCGUGAGGGCUGCUACCAGGAACAGGUGAAGAAUACUAGCAAGAAUCAGUCCGUAACCCAAAUAUCGUUUUGAUCUGUUGCAGACCACCGCCAUGGCGACUGGUGCGUUCCUCGGCCUGCUGUUGUUAGUUUGUGGUGCCACUAGUGAAAACCCAGGUAAGUCCUUACGAAGUGGGUGUGAUCUUUGAUUCGGUUGCUUGUUAAUAUAUUUUUUUGUAACGCUGCACACACGCCACUGUGGCCACGCAUGCGUGUCAUUGGAUACGUUUUAUUCAGGGUCGUAAUUUAAGGCGUGGUACAGGAUAGGGUAGGCGUGUGAGUGGCGCAGCAAUACGGUGGAUUGGAGCUUUUUGGCACUAACACCCCCAAAAACAAUUCGGAUUUAUAUAUAUCUUUAUCCAGAAGUGCGUCGAUUUUCUGAACUUAUUGGUAACGAGGGUAUCAUGUGGGGAGAAAAAACAAAUAAUUUGAACAAAAUUAACCGAUUCAGAUGUCAUAUUUGUUGUGUUGAAAGUCUCCAUAUCCAGAUAGGAAUGGCGUUCAUGACGAGAAGUAGAAUAAAAAAAAGAAGAAAAGUUCAAACAAAAAGCACCUACGUCAUCAUACUCGGUGAUUAAAGCACCUACGUCACAAUACUUGGUGAUUAUAGCACAUUCGUCACCAUACGUGGUGAUUAAAGCACCAACGUCACCAUACUCGGUGAUUAAAGCACCUACGUCACCAUACUCGGUGAUUAAAGCACUUACGUCACCAUACUCGGUGAUUAAAGCACCUACGUUACCAUACUUGGUGAUUACAGCACCUACGUCACCAUAAUCGGCGAUUAAAGCACUUAUGUCACCUUACUUGGUGAUUAAAGCACAUACGUUACCAUACUCGGUGAUUAAAGCACAUACGUUACCAUACUUGGUGAUUACAGCAUCUACGUUACCAUACUCGGUGAUAAAAGCACCUACGUCACCAUACUCGGUGAUUAAAGCACCUACGUUACCAUACUUGGUGAUUAUAGCACCUACGUCCCCAUAAUUGGUAAUUAAAGCAUCUACGUCACCAUACUCGGUGAUUAAAGCAUCUACGUCAAAAUACGCGGUGAUUAAAUCCCAUACGUCACCAUAAUUGGUAAUUAAAGCACCUACGUCACCAUACUCGGUAAUAAAAGCACAUAUGUCACCAUACUCGGUAAUAAAAGCACAUACGUCACCAUACUCGGUAAUUAAAGCUCCUACGUCACCAUACUCGGUGAUUAAAGCACCUACGUUACCAUACUCGGUGAUAAAAGCACCUACGUCACCAUACUCGGUGAUUAAAGCACCUACGUUACCAUACUUGGUGAUUAUAGCACCUACGUCCCCAUAAUUGGUAAUUAAAGCAUCUACGUCACCAUACUCGGUGAUUAAAGCACCUACGUCAAAAUACGCGGUGAUUAAGUCCCAUACGUCACCAUAAUUGGUAAUUAAAGCACCUACGUCACCAUACUCGGUGAUUAAAGCAUCUACGUCAAAAUACUCGGUGAUUAAGUCCCAUACGUCACCAUAAUUGGUAAUUAAAGCACCUACGUCACCAUACUCGGUGAUUAAAGCAUCUACGUCAAAAUACUCGGUGAUUAAGUCCCAUACGUCACCAUAAUUGGUAAUUAAAGCACCUACGUCACCAUACUCGGUGAUUAAAGCAUCUACGUCAAAAAACGCGGUGAUUAAAUCCCAUACGUCACCAUAAUUGGUAAUUAAAGCACCUACGUCACCAUACUCGGUAAUAAAAGCACAUAUGUCACCAUACUCGGUAAUAAAAGCACAUACGUCACCAUACUCGGUAAUUAAAGCUCCUACGUCACCAUACUCGAUGAUUAAAGCACUUACGUCACCAUACUCGGUGAUAAAGGCACCAACGUUACCAUACUUGGUGAUUACAGCAUCUACGUCACCAUACUCGGUGAUUAAAGCACUUACGUCACCUUACUUGGUGAUUAAAGCACUUACGUCACCAUACUCGGUGAUUAAAGCACCUACGUCACCAUACUUGGUGAUUACAGCACCUACGUCACCAUACUCGGUGAUUAAAGCACUUACGUCACCUUAGUUGGUGAUUAAAGCACUUACGUCACCAUACUCGGUGAUUAAAGCACCUACGUUACCAUACUCGGUGAUUAAAGCACCUACGUCACCAUACUCGGUAAUUAAAGCAUCUACGUCAGCAUACUCGGUGAUUAAAGCACUUACGUCACCAUACUCGGUGAUUAAGGCACCUACGUUACCAUACUUGGUGAUUACAGCAUCUACGUCACCAUACUCGGUGAUUAAAGCACUUACGUCACCUUACUUGGUGCUUAAAGCACUUACGUCACCAUACUCGGUGAUUAAAGCACCUACGUUACCAUACUUGGUGAUUAUAGCACCUACGUCACCAUACUUGGUGAUUAAAGCACUUACCUCACCUUACUUGGUGAUUAAAGCACUUACGUCACCAUACUCGUUGAUUACAGCACCUACGUCACCAUACUCGGUGAUUAAAGCACCUACGUCACCUUACUUGGUGAUUAAAGCACUUACGUCACCAUACUCGGUGAUUAAAGCACUUACGUUACCAUACUCGUUGAUUAAAGCACCUACUUUACCAUACUUGGUGAUUAUAGCACCUACGUCACCAUACUUGGUGAUUAAAGCACUUACGUCACCUUACUUGGUGCUUAAAGCACUUACGUCACCAUACUCGGUGAUUAAAGCACCUACGUUACCAUACUUGGUGAUUAUAGCACCUACGUCAACAUACUUGGUGAUUAAAGCACUUACGUCACCUUACUUGGUGAUUAAAGCACUUACGUCACCAUACUCGGUGAUUAAAGCACUUACGUUACCAUACUCGUUGAUUAAAGCACCUACGUCACCAUACUUGGUGAUUAAAGCACUUACGUCACCAUACUCGGUGAUAAAAGCACCUACGUCACAAUACUUGGUAAUUAAAGCACCUACGUCAUCAUACUCGGUGAUUAAAGCACUUACGUCACCAUAAUCGGUGAUUAAAGCACCUACGUCACCUUACUUUGUGAUUACAGCACCUACGUCACCAUACUCGGUGAUAAAAGCACCUACGUCACAAUACUUAGUGAUUAAAGCACCUACGUCACCAUACUCGGUGAUUAAAGCACCUAAGCCAUCAUACUUGGUGACUAAAGCACAUACGUCACCACACACGUUGAUUAAAGCACCUGCGUAAUCAUACUCGGUGAUUAAAGCACAUGCACCAUACUUGGUGAUUAAAGCACAUGCACCAUACUUGGUGAUUAAAGCACAUGCACCAUACUUGGUGAUUAAAGCACAUGCACCAUACUUGGUGAUUAAAGCACAUACGUCACCAUACGCGAUGACCAGACAGCUUAUCUUUGUGCAAUAGCAACCCAACCAAUACCAGCGCCCUUUCUUUUUUGAUCGUCAUUCUAUUUUGACCUGCUCGACAUUUAAGGAGAGGACAAUACAGGUAAGCAAGCCAUAUUGUUGUAUUUUGACAAGAUUGCUCAAGUCUAAUCAACACUUGUUCGCCUCUUUAUGUACAGGAAAUUUGACCGACCCAAUUUAUCUUUCGUUUUUUCAAAACAAUGAUCAUGGGGAAUCUGGUCUUCAAAAGGCCAAUCUGGCAAUCCUUGCCCCCCAAAAAUAAACAAUUGUGUUUGGUUACUAUUACGCGGCGAGCGCUUCUGUCAUUGAAUGUUUAUUUAAAGGGAAACAAAUCUUGAUGGUCGUUCGAAAGUGUAUAGAUAACAGUAGUUGUGCUAUUGAUUUAUGCCUGGACACUAGAUGUACUCGAUCUUCUGAUCAAUGAAUAAUAGUUUUAUUGUCAUUAACUGUUCGGGCAACAGCUCUACGACUUACCAGGACUAAUAAAUAUAAAUAUAUAUAUAUAUAAAUAUAAAUAUAUAUAUAAACAAUAACAACAUUACUGUACGUUUCUGGUAAUAACAGUACGAAUGUUUACCUUACAAAAUAUUUAUAGAAGUGUUUCAGACAUAACAUAUUAGUUUACCAUCCCGUUGAAAACGGCACACGUCACUCUCAGUAGAUCAAGGUCAAUGAGCGAAAUGAAAAAAAAAAAACUCAUUGUACACAUCAAGCCCUCAACGCUUGUUGUCCCGUAGAGUAGAUAUGUUGGUAUAGCCUUGACCUAAAAGUGCCAGUAGUAUCCAGUCUGUACGGGUUUCUUCCCGUAUAAGCAUUAUGCUAGCUAAGAACUUUUAGAUGUUGUUGAGAUAGAUUUAGGCAUGAAAACGUUAAGAUAGGGGAUCAACGGUCUGAUUGUCUUCGCGACACUUUGCGUAUCAAACUAUGUGGAAAUACUCUUUUGAAAAUUCGGAAAAUACCCAAAGCUAGACAAUUUUACCGUAGUUUAAAAAAAACAUCAAAGGAAUUCGACUAUAGUUUAUGUGGAGCAAGUAAUGGUCUUCGAAUUUCCCCAUUAAAAAAAAGCAAAACUUAGAAAAAAACGAACAAAAACCAAACCAAUUGGCUUGGAGAUUAAUCUAAGGAUAGGGCUUGGAUGGCUUGGCCCCUGCUCAAGGUAGAUGGAUGCUUGUCGACCAUGGAUACCCGUUGGUAUUGUGGUGAUCAUGGCCAUGCGAAAUGGGGGGGGGGGAGGCAAAGGAGUUUCUCUCCCCGCUCCCCGGGCGCAAAAUCAGGUGAUGCCUAAAUCGCAUCUAGAUCCUGAAGUCUAUUAAACGACAAAAUUUCAUGCACUUCACAUAGACAAGGGGCGCCGAAAUGUCUAUAUUGCUGGUGCGCCGAGGUGUCAUCUUCUUCUAUGUAUUCAUUUUUUCUGGCUUUGCGCGGGCUCCGCUUUUCCUCGGCUGACCUGUUAGUGAAGUGCCAUAAUCCCUAACUAUAACUUUUAAUUGGUACAGUAUUUAGGUUAAGAACUCCUGCAGUAGAACAAAAUUGUAUCUCGAUGAAGGCGUACUUGCACUCAGGGGCGUAGCUAGGGUUAGUUCCGUCCGGAUUUUCAGUGGCGUGUCUGGGACUUGUUCCGUCUGGGGCGGGCCAAGCUUUUUGCCGCCCCCUUCCACGAUUUAAAAACUCUGCAGUUAACCGAGAAUGCCGCCCAUCGGUACAGGGGAAACUAUUGCCGCCCGGGGCAGGCCCCACCCACUUCCUACGCCACUGCUUGCCCUCAGGGUACAGUUACAAGAUUGGAUGGCAGGAGUUCCAAAAGCUCUAUGAUGGUUAAAUGACAUUUGUUUUUUUCAAGUACUGUGAAGGCGUGGUCUAGAGUGUCACUUGCCAUGGUCACCCUUAAGAGCACCUGUAUUUUAUCAGUGAUAGCGCGUUGUUAUGACAUGUCCGCCUUCAGGAUCAAUGAAGUACCCCAUCGAGACGCCGUGAAAUUCAUACUGCAAUGUCCGCUAUCUUCUAAGAGAUAGCGUCACCACAUUUAUUGUCACAAGCAAGCAGUUUUGUUUAUUCAAAAUUUAUAUAUAUAUAUAUAUAUAUAUAUAUAUAUAUAUAUAAACUGCCAUAACAAAUUUAAAAAAAUGUCAAAACUACUUAACGUGGCUUCGCCCCUCCAUAUUCAAGCAACUCAAGCCUAAACCAGUGGUCGGCACCCCNAACUCAAGCCCAAACCAGUGGCUCUUUUUUACAUUCAUUAAAACAAUCUACCCCUGCCCAGCUAGAUGCCUGCCUUUGUCCAGCUAGAUGCCCGCCCCUGUCCAGCUAGAUGCCCGCCUCUUGCCCAACUAGAUACCCUUCCCUGUCCAGCUAGAUACCUGCCCUUGUCCAGCUAGAUGCCCGCCCCUGUCCAGCUAGAUACCCACCCCUGUCCAGCUACAUGCCUGCCCCUGUCCAGCUAGAUACCCGCCCCUGUCCAUCUGGAUACCCACCCCUGUCCAUCUGGAUACCCGCCCCUGUCCAGGUACAUGCCCACCCCUGUCCAGCUAGAUACCCGCCCCUGUCCAUCUAGAUACCCGCCCCUGUCCAGCUAGAUACUCGCCUCUGUCCAGUUAGAUACCCGCCCCUGUCCGGCUAGAGACCCGCCCCUGUCCGGCUAGACACCCGCCUCUGUCCAGCUAGAUACCCGCCCCUGUCCGGCUAGACACCCGCCCCUGUCCGGCUAGACACCCGCCCCUGUCCAGCUAGAUACCCGGCCCCUGUCCAGCUAUAUACCCUACCCUGCCCAGCUAGAUGCCCGCCCCUGCCCGGCUACCAAAUAGUUUCCUUGCAGAUACGCUGUGUCAAAAAGGCUCCUUACUCCAAAAAAGGUUUUCGACCCCUGGCAAACCAUGAACAUUUACAUAACAGGUUUUUAAACUUACAUUUACUGAACUACUUUAUGGGUGUAAGAUAGUUUCUGAAAAAAAGGAACGAUUUCGUAUCACUUCAAGUAUUUUUUUGUACGAGUAAAACUUAAAAAAAAAAUAAAUAAAAAUAAAUAAAUAAAUAAAUGAAUUGAAUUCCCAAUAAUUUGGUACAUUUUUAUAUCUACGAUAUUGCUGAACUUCCUGUCUUUGGUCACACCUGAUUUUGAUUGAUAGAUUGAAUUCUUUUAUUGCGCUUGUGUCCAUGCUAUUUUAGCAUGCCCACAGCGCUCUCAUGUCCUUAAAUCUAUUUAAAGGAAUCUAAAGUCUUUAUAUGUUUCUUAAAUGACUUUCUAUCAUUUCCAAUUUCCCUCAAAGAUUGAGACAAACUGUCCCAUAAUUUUGGCACAAUAGCUUAAAAAGAGUGCACACCGUAUUACUUUUAUGUGUGUCCACCCACACUGGGAACUCUCAGUAAAGACUGUGUUGAAGAGCGCAGGUUCUGGAUGGAAUGUACAUAUACACAUUUAGAAACUAGUUUUUUGAAGAUAUUCCGGUGCUGAGCCUUCUUUACAGCUGCACUACAGGGACAGAAUUUUGUGGUCAAUACGCCCACUCACAGAAAGCCAGUGGAGACCAAUUAGAACUGGGUUGAUGUGGUCAGAUUGCUUUAUGCGCGAAACAAUGCGUGCUGCAGUAUUUUGUACCUUCUGGAGUCUCUGAAUUCGGUUCUGAGGUGGACCCCACAAACAACUGUUAGAGUAAUCUAAUCUUGAUUGGAUAAGAGUGACUGCUACUGCAUUGGCUGUUCUGUCUUUGGUCAUACCUGUUAUAUGUCUGACCCUUCUGUCUUUGGUCAUACCUGCUAUAUGUCUGACCCUUCUGUCUUUGGUCAUACCUGCUAUAUGGCUGGCCCUUCUGACUUUGGUCAUACCUGCUAUAUGGCUGGCCCUUCUGUCUUUGGUCAUACCUGCUAUAUGGCUGGCCCUUCUGACUUUGGUCAUACUUGCUAUAUGGCUGGCCCUUCUGUCUUUGGUCAUACCUGCUAUAUGUCUGACCCUUCUGACUUUGGUCAUACCUGCUAUAUGGCUGGCCCUUCUGUCUUUGGUCAUACCUGCUAUAUGUCUGACCCUUCUGACUUUGGUCAUACCUGCUAUAUGGCUGGCCCUUCUGACUUUGGUCAUACCUGCUAUAUGUCUGACCCUUCUGACUUUGGUCAUACCUGCUAUAUGUCUGACCCUUCUGACUUUGGUCAUACCUGCUAUAUGGCUGGCCCUUCUGACUUUGGUCCCAGUUGCUUUAUGGCUGGUCCUUUUAUCAAGGAAAAUUUGGGGGUUUACCUAACGCGACUGGGAAUCAUUGGUUCCAAAUUCCCAGUUCCCAGUUCCACAUUCCCAGUUCCCAGUUCCACAUUCCACCCUAAUCAGGUUUGUGUGAGACAGCCAUAACCCCCCCCCCCCCGUUUAAAAAAGUGACACAUUGAUACAUUGCUAUGGGCUGCUAUCAGCGUGCACCACAUCUUAUUGGUAAAAGCAUUUCGUUAUCAAGAGUAAGUCAAGGUUAAGUUACGCUUAGAUUUUUUUUUAGAUGUUGACAAGACCAAUAUUUGAUGCUGAUAAAACCAAUGUUUGAUGUUGACAAGACCAAUAUUUGAUGCUGAUAAAACCAUUGUUUGAUGUUAACAAGACCAAUAUUUGAUGUAAGGCAGAUGUUUGAUGUUGACGAGACCAAUGUUUGAUGUUGAUGAGACCAAUGUUUGAUGUUGGUGAGACCAAUGUUUGAUGUUGAUGAGACCAAUGUUUGAUGUUGAUGAGACCAAUGUUUGAUGUUGAUGAGACCAAUGUUUGAUGUUGACAAGACCAAUGUUUGAUGCUGAAAACCAAUGUUUGAUGUUGUCAAGACCAAUGUUUGAUGUUGAAAGACCAAUGUUUGAUGUUGACAAGACCAAUGUUUGAUGUUGACAAGACCAAUAUUUGAUGCUGAUAAAACCAUUGUUUGAUGUUGACAAGACCAAUGUUUGAUGUAAGGCAGAUGUUUGAUGUUGACGAGACCAAUGUUUGAUGUUGAUGAGACCAAUGUUUGAUGUUGAUGAGACCAAUGUUUGGUGUUGAUGAGACCAAUGUUUGAUGUUGAUGAGACCAAUGUUUGAUGUUGACGAGACCAAUGUUUGAUGUUGACGAGACCAAUGUUUGAUGUUGACGAGACCAAUGUUUGAUGUUGAUAAGACUGAUGUUUGAUGUAAAACCGAUGUUUCAGUCCGCAGUCGUCCCAUCUCUGCCAACAUAACGUAAUAAUUCAAAAAUACAAAGCAAAUAGCAACAGCUAUACAAUUAAUCUCCACAUUAAAAGACGCAUCUAUUGAACACAUUUCUAACAACUCCCCCCCCCCUUAAAAACCUGAUUUUUGGGUGUUGGGGCGGAGAAAUUAAUAGAAUGUGUUGUCAUCAGCGACGAGUCUGAUGGACCGUUUCAGUACGAUAGGGUGAGGGGAAGUGGGUCAAUCGAAUUUCUAACAACUCCCCCCCCCCUUAAAAACCUGAUUUUUGGGUGUUGGGGCGGAGAAAUUAAUAGAAUGUGUUGUCAUCAGCGACGAGUCUGAUGGACCGUUUCAGUACGAUAGGAUGAGGGGAAGUGGGUCAAUCGGCCUUCCGUAGAUUUUGCCGCCACAAAGAAAGAAACACACGAACAAAAGCGAAGUUAUUAUAAAGGAAUUAAUUAAAACCAACCUCUAAAGCACAAAGUUUUUCGGUUUGAGAGAAUAUGUUGUCAUCGGCAACGAGUCUAGCCUAUUUGCCAAGGUCCAGCAUGAUAGGUAGACUGGAAUUGGGUCAAUUAGCCGUCCGAACAUUGUGCCUAUAAACGCAGAAACAAACAAACACAAGUGGGUCUUAAACUUUAGUUGACCGAAGACCAACCUAAUAAUUCUUACAAACAUUAUUAGACUAAUUAUUUCUAUUAAAAUUAUACAGUAGUAUAUUUGAAAACAGCGAAAUAGACAUCGUUCAGCCAUUAAAUACAUUUAUAAAUUAUUUGUUGAAUACAUUUUGAUAAGUAAAAGUUUAUGAUUGCUGAUAAGCAAUUAGUUUGAUACGACACUUGAAUGGUGAGCAGAAUAACCAUGGAAGUCUCAUACAAUAAAAUUGUAUUAGGCACUCAACAUUUAUUGGAAUGUUUUGUCUAAUAGUCCCCUCCACGGUCUUAAACUAGAACACACCACCUAGGAGCACAAAAAGGGGAUGCAGAGAGGGCAGUCUGCCCUGGGGGCACUAUUUUUCCUAACAAUGAGGGGGUGUAUUAUCGGGGAAAGAGAGAGAGAGAGAGCGAGACAGAAAGACGACUGGCUCUAACCCUAGCUACGCCACUGCCCACGCCCCUUACCUACAGCAUCCUGCAUGUCUGCUCAUUCCCAGAAGAACUGCUUCAAUCAAAUGUGGAAAUGUGGGGUUAUUAUAUAAUCUUAUACAGGUGUCACACCGACAUGUUCAGGCAAAGUUUUGAAAAAUAUAUAGCAUCAUGAGGUGUUUAAAAUAGAAUUUGAAUCAAUAACAUUUGGUCCUCAUAUGCUAGCAAUAGAAUUUAAAUCAAUAACAUUGGGUCCUCAUAUGCUAGCAAUAGAAUUUGAAUCAAUAUCAUUUGGUCCUCAUAUGCUAGCAAUAGAAUUUAAAUCAAUAACAUUUGGUCCUCAUACGCUAGCUAAAGAAUUUGAAUCAAUGACAUUUGGCCCUCAUAUGCUAGCUAAAGAAUUUGAAUCAAUGACAUUUGGUCAUCAUAUGCUAGCAAUAGAAUUUGAAUCAAUAACAUUUGGUCCUCAUACGCUAGCUAAAGAAUUUGAAUCAAUGACAUUUGGUCCUCAUAUGCUAGCUAAAGAAUUUGAAUCAAUGACAUUUGGUCCUCAUAUGCUAGCAAAAUAAUUUGAAUCAAUGACAUUUGGUCCUCAUAUGCUAGCUAAAGAAUUUGAAUCAAUGACAUUUGGUCCGCACAUGCUAGCAAUAGAAUUUCGUUUUCAUGACUGUAUUACGUUCCCUGGUUUCUAAACGUGGCAUCUUACUGCUGUUAUUUGGCAUUUGACUGCUGUUUCUUGGAAUAUGACUGCUGUUUCUUGGCCUCUGACUGCUGUUUCUUGGCCUCUGACUGCUGUUACUUGGCCUCUGACUGCUGUUACUUGGCCUCUGACUGCUGUUACUUGGCAUCUGACUGCUGUUACUUGGCACCUGACUGCUGUUACUUGGCAUCUGACUGCUGUUACUUGGCACCUGACUGCUGUUACUUGGCAUCUGCUGAGCAUGACAAACGUAACGUGUAAAAAGUUGUCUAUUCCUGUGGCGCGCUAAAUCAACGCAUCUGAUGGUGUUUGUAAUUUUUGUUUUUAACAAUUAAAAAUAAAUAUUUAAAGAAACUGAAUCCACUUUCAGAGCAGCACGAAUGGCGUGUUCUUCCUGGUCAUUGACACACGGGAGUGCGCAAAACUCGUCUGUAGAUGUGAGGUUUCUAGUGAAUUCAACGAUAAAAUACCAUGUAACGCACGAAGAUUAAUGGCGGCAAAAUCGAAUGUAAACUGGUCUGCUGCUCGUCUCUUACAAUGUUCAUUUGUGUUUCAGGCUACUUCUGGCACGUGACCGACUUCCACUAUGACCACACCUACAGCACCAGUAAACUCUCGUGCAAUGAUGACGUGCCCAACCUGCUCAAGUUUGGGGACUACUGGUGUGACUCCACGUGGGAACUUGUUGUGGACAGCAUCCAGGCCAUGGCCAGCAUCAAAUCAGACGUGGACUUUCUCAUCUGGACGGGGUAGGUGCAGUUAUAUGGGAGGGUAUGGCAAUUAUUUAUCUCCAAAGUCAACGGCUCUCAACUGUCGACAGUGCCGGAUUCAGAAUCGAUUGAUUGGAUAUUUAUGUAGCACUGGUAUCCAUGUCACUUUAGCAUGCUCACAGCGCUCUGAUUUUAUUAAAUCUGUUUAAAUAAAAAAGUUUUAAAAAAAUGUUUCUUCAAUUAUUUUUUAUCAUUUUCAAUUCCCCUCAAAGAUUUAGGCAAAUUGUUCUUUAAUUUUUGUGUUCAUCCACCCUGGCAAUUUUCAGUAAGGACUGUGUUGAAGACCGCAGGUUCUUUAAGGAUACAUGUUUAUAAAUCAGUUCUUUAAGAUAAUCGGUGCAGAGCCUUCUACGCAGCUGUACGCCAGAGACAGAAUUUUGAAGUUAAUGCACUCACUCACAGGAACCCAAUGGAGAUCUCGUAGAACUGGGAGUGAUGGGGCUACAUUUAUUUAUCCGCGAUACAAUGCGUGCUGCAAUAUUUCUGUACCUUCUGGAGUCUCUGAAUUUGGUUCUGAGGUAAACCCCACAAACAACUGUUACAGUAAUCUAAUCUUGACUGGAUUAGAAAUUACCGCUACAACAUUGACUGUUCUCUUAUUGAGUUGAGGGCGCAGCUGAGCCCGCGGUCCCCAGGCAGUUAAAAUCUCCAGACCACCACAACUUUACUGGCUAUUAAAUAUUUUUCCUAUUUAAUUAUACGACAAACCUUUAUACCAUUUUAACUUAAACUAUAAAAACUAUAACAUUAUCUCCAACGUUGACUCUAACAUUAAAUCUAACAUUGACUCUUUCAUUAACUUUAACUUUGGCCCUAACAUUGACCCUAACGUUAACCCUAUCUUUAACUCUAACAUGAGCUCCAACAUUAAAUCUAACUUUAACUCAAAUAUAAGCUCUAUCAUUAACUCUAACAUUUGCAGUAACUUAUAGAAUAACAUAAAAUUUUCACACUGUGGCCGAUCGCUUACUGACGCAUAGAAAUACGUUUGAGGGCAUCGCGUCUCAAACUGUGUGCUAAAUGUCUACCCUCAGAGACACCGUCGCUCACAUCUCCGAUGCCAACCUCACCGUGGAUCUGAACCUAGAAAUAGUCCGAAACAUCACCGAGUUCAUCAACACAACAUUCCAGGCGGCCAAGGUGUACGCGUCUCUGGGUAACCACGACUUCUACCCCAGCGGUCAAGCUCGGGAUAAAGACGAUGACCACUUCUACACCCGGGUGGGCGCUCUGUGGGAGGAGUGGAUCAUCAAUCAGACCGGUGCAAAAGAGGACAUUAGAAAGGGUUAGUAGAGAGCCAGUCCCUCGGUGCUUACUCUAUCACGACUAAGGGUCCAUAAUGUUAUCUUCUAUGCUGUAUGUGUGAAUAAGAUCAUAGCCCUUUUUUAUGAGGUACCAAAUCAUUCAAGUGAGCACAUGAUGAGAAUACUAGAAUACCGUGAGGAUUGCUUGUUGAGAGGUGUGUGAGAUACAAUAGUGCAUUUGCUAGCAACAUGUAUAAGCUAUCAGGAUCCACACUUCUGUAAUUAAGCUAUCGAAGCUGUAUGAGCUCCAUGUGUCCAUUCUGUAUCAGCUCCUCGUGUCUACUCUGUGCGAGCUCCAUGUGUCCAUUCUGUGUAAGCUCCAUGUGUCUACUCUCUAUAAGCUACAUGUGUCCAUUCUGUAUCAGCUCCACGUGUCUACUCUGUGUGAGCUCCAUGUGUCCAUUCUGUGUAAGCUCCAUGUGUCUACUCUCUAUAAGCUACAUGUGUCCAUUCUGUAUCAGCUCCAUGUGUCUACUCUGUAUUAGCUCCAUGUGUCUACUCUGUAUAAGCUCCAUGUUUCUACUCUGUAUAAGCUCCACAUGUCUACUCUGUAUAAGCUGCAUGUGUCUACUUUGUAUAGCUCCAUAUGUCUACUCUGUAUAAGCUCCAUGUGUCUAAUUUGUAUAAGCUUCAUUUUUCCACUCUGUAUAAGCUCCAUGUGCCACUCUGUAUUGUAUAAUCUCCAUGUGUCUACUCUGUUUAAGCUCCAUUCUUUCACUCUGUAUAAGCUCCAUGUGUCUACUUUGUAUAAGCUCCAUGUGUCCAAUUUGUACCUGCUCCAUGUGUCCACUCUAUGCAUGCUCCAUGUCUCUCCUCUGUUGUCCUGCACCACUAGUCUUGAAGUGGUUGAUAUCCUGUACCAUUUUGACCCCCCCCCCCCCCCCCCCGGUGGCUACUACGCGGUGAAGGUUCAGCCAAAGAUUCGCCUCCUUGCCCUCAACACCAACUUGUAUUACACCAGUGACAAACUGACCCCGAACCUGACUGACCCCACUGGUCAGUUUGAAUGGAUGGAAAGACAACUGAACUCUUCCAGAGCCAACAAAGAGAAGGUAACAUUGUAUGAAAUAAGUAAAUUAAGAUUGUAUAUUAUUAUUAUUUAAUAUUUCAGUUCAUAUUGCAUAAAUAAGAUUGUUACUUGUUAUUUUAAAAUAAAUAAGAUUGCAACUUGUUAUUUGAUCGUUCAGUUCAACCUGCCUGUCAUUGAAAGUAAUUCUUUUAAUCUCGUCCAGAGGUCAUGUUCAUCCAUCAUGUUAAUUUCAACUUCCAUUUUAAUGUCUCUGUCAUCAGUAUCUAAACUGCCUAUCUAUUCACAACUGUAUGUGUCCUAGUGUCCUACUAAAGUGUCCUCUCUAUCAGGUGAUAAUUACCGGACAUGUCCCACCAGGACUUUUUAUUCCCGAAUAUUCUGACUGGUUUUGGCCUCAGUUCAAAAAAACCUUCAUGAAGAUAAUGUUUGACUACAGUGACGUCAUAGUGGUCACCCACUUCGGACAUGAUCACGCGGACAGUUUUAAACUUCUUCAAAAUGACGAUGGUGAGUUUAUUCAAUCAAAUUUUACCCUUUCAGCGUCUCAUGGGGGGCUACUCUGUUUAGAAGUUUUAAAACUUCUCGCCAAGAGAGCUUAAAUUCAGCCAGUGAUCAUUUGAGAAAUUUUCCCGCAGGGGUGGGGGGGGGCACUUCAGAUUUUUCGGGGGGGGGGGGCUGUGCCAGUUGAUUUAAUGUUGGACAUAUUUUUGCUCCGGGGGGCACUUGAGUUUACCCGGGGGGGGGGGGGCCCCCCCCCCCCCCCCCCCCCGAGAUAUAGUUGAACGAAACCCUGAAUUCUCCAUGCGCUUACAAAGUAGCAAGGCUGAAACUUCCGCACCGUGAACGUCGCCAACCGUUUGCCUACGGUGCAUGGCUACAGCUGCAACGUGUUACCACUAGUGAAACAGACGAUGUGUUCGGCAGGUGGAUCUCACACGAAAUCGCACCUAUGACAUAAACAAUAAUAUGUGUGAAUGGACGUAUCUCUGACGUUCAGUAUCAAUGCAGCACAACAUUACAAAUGUUCAAAUAAAAAGACAAGCAUAAUGUAAACUAAAAAAAACCCAACAAUUUUUAUGGGUAUGGACUGAGGUCCGAGAUAGCAAGUUAAAGUCACUCUCUGUGUCAAGUGUAAUGGAUCGUGGUCCCAUCCAGCAAACCGUAGUCACUUCCUGUUUACGGCAGGGACAAAAGGCUUCCAACCAUUCAAUGAGCAGCAUGCGAUCAUGUGAUAUAAAUCAGGGAUCAGCUAACCCUUCAAACACUAAGUACGCACGAACCUUCCCUUUACGCUGUGCACAAAAAAACAUUUUAUUUAAACAAUUUAAGUUCAGAGAAUGACCCAGCUGCGUCGACACGGGACGUGGGAGGGUGGGGCUAGUCGCCCCUGACAUGAACAAGGUCAAAGUUUGAGAGUAGAAGAAAGUUUAUGUAAACUUCGGUAUCUAAAGAAUAAAAUAUUAGCUUAUAGCAGGGAGGUCUGCAAAAGGGUGGGAUUGGGUUUGAGGGGGGGGGUGCCUUUUAGCUAAUUUACGUCCGCCCCAUCAUGUGGACUAUGGACUUGACUAAUAAUUGAUGCGCACCGUAUGUGGUCUAUUGUGCGUGGUGCUGCAACUGUGUCUAUCUUUUUUAAAUGUAUCCUCUGAGAGAGGGGCAUAUGGCGGCGGCACACCUAUAAACCAUUGCGGGGCUCUGACAUAAAGAAAACACAAUUUAAAAAAUUUUCACGUGUAUAUAUAUAUAUAUAUAUAUAUAUAUNAUAUAUAUAUAUAUAUAUAUAUAUAUAUAUAUAUAUAUAUAUAUAUAAUAUAUAUAUAUUUAUAUAAUAUAUAUAUCUCCUAGGUUCCAAAAUGAUACCACAAUUCAAUGCUCCAUCUGUGACCCCAUGGAGGUACAAGAUCCCCGCUAAAACAGGUGACGCCCACAACCCAGGGAUACGCCUGAUCAAGUAUGACAGGGACACUGGGAAGCCCCUGGACUACACUCAGUACUACAUCAACAUCACCCAGGCUAAUGCAGCUCAGAAAUCGAAUUGGGUGAGAGACAACGUUUAAUGAUAUUACCAGAUAUACACCUAUGCCAUUACUAGCUGUACAUCUAUGACAUUACUAGCUGUGCAUCUAUGACAUUACCAGCUGUACAUCUAUGACAUUACUAGCUGUACAUCUAUGACAUUACCAGCUGUACAUCUAUGACAUUACCAGCUGUACAUCUAUGACAUUACCAGCUGUACAUCUAUGACAUUACCAGCUGUACAUCUAUGACAUUACCAGCUGUAUAUCUAUGACAUUACCAGCUGUACAUCUAUGACAUUACUAGCCGUACAUCUAUGAAAUUACCAUCUGUACACCUAUGACAUUACCAGCUGUACAUCUAUGACAUUACUAGCUGUACAUCUAUGACAUUACUAGCUGUACAUCUAUGACAUUACCAGCUGUACAUCUAUGACAUUACUAGCUGUACAUCUAUGACAUUACUAGCUGUACAUCUAUGACAUUACCAGCUGUACAUCUAUGACAUUACCAGCUGUACAUCUAUGCCAUUACCAGCUGUACAUCUAUGACAUUACCAGCUGUGCAUCUAUGACAUUACCAGCUUAACAUCUAUGAUAUUACUAGCCGUACAUCUAUGACAUUACCAGCUGAACAUCUAUGACAUUACCAGCUGUACAUCUAUGACAUUAACAGCUGUACAUCUAUGACAUUACCAGCUGUAAAUUUAUGACAAAACGUGUUUUUUUUGGGUAGGGAGGGGUGGAAGUUAACCAAUACUAAAAAAAUGCUAAAUUCUAAGAGAAAAAAAAGAAAAAAAAACAGAAAAAAAAAAUUCCCCGCUAAAAUAUAUUGACAAAAAAAGUGAAUGCUAAAGUGGUCUUUGAUUUGUUCCGAUAAAAAAAUGCAUUUACUUUUAAGGGUUAAAAUGAAAUGAUAUUGACCCUUGUUUUUGCCUCGAUAAACGUUUCAUUCGUUUUAGAGAUGCCCCUCGGUAAGUGAAGGAGGAUUUUUUUUCUCGAGGGGGUUGGGAGGAAGGGAAUGGGGAAGAGAUAGGGAGGAAGGGAAGGGGGAAGAGAUAGGGAGGAAGGGAAGGGGGAAGAGAUAGGGAGGAAGGGAAGGGGGAAGAGAUAGGGAGGAAGGGAAGGGGGAAGAGAUAGGGAGGAAGGGAAGGGGGAAGAGAUAGGGAGGAAGGGAAGGGGGAAGAGAUAGGGAGGAAGGGAAGGGGGAAGAGAUAGGGAGGAAGGGAAGGGGGAAGAGAUAGGGAGGAAGGGAAUGGGGAAGAGAUAGGGAGGAAGGGAAGGGGGAAGAGAUAGGGAGAAAUGACAAGAAAUUUCAGUUUACCAUCUCUACAGUGUUUCUUUCAGGGAUCUGUCGCAGGAUAUUUUAGAUGAUCCAAAUAUUUAAGGCCCAUCUGGCCACACCAUUCGAUUCUAUGACGUACCGUGACGAAAACUAGGUCACUCUCGCUCCUAAGCCACACACCUACUUCCGGUCAAGAGGCCUACGCUCUGUUUCAGUGCAUCACAGCCGUUUGAAUUUACCAAGAAUCUUCUGGAAAGAGCCCUCCGCUAAUCCCCCCUCCCCUCUCCCUCUCCCUCUCCCCCCACGCCGAUCACUGUGACAUGUGACAGUAGGGAGGGUGAAAUUACGCUGUGGUCAAAAGAAAACCCUAGGGCGAGUCGCUACCAGAGUGCAUUCUGGUUAUGUUGGCACCGGGUACUUUAUUAUCCCACUAACCCUCCCCCCACCACCACCCCAACCAUUCGCCUGAAAUGUCACCUCCCCUGAUCACAUUUUCUGUGAGAAACCCUGAUUUUAGUUUCGCCCCUUCACAGAUCCCUCCCCAAUUUUGCUAAGGAGCCAUCGGCACCCUCGAUUUCUUCCAGCCUCCCACAAUCAAAAUGAACAGUGUCACCUCCUUUAACAACAACAACAAAAAAAAAAAAGGGGGAUCAAGUUAAAGCUGGCCCUUGUCGCUAUUGUGCUCAAUGUGGAACUGAUAGAUGAUCUACACAAGGGUGAAGCUAGGAUUUGUGGCACCCUGGUUGAGCCAAUAUUGUUGCCGCAAGUUCCACGAUAAAAACUCUAUUCAGUAUGCCAAUAUUGCCGCCACUCCAUUAGAAAAAAAAGAUCUCGGGGGAAGGGGCGGAUCACAUCUUUCCCAAACCUUACUACGCUACGGGCACUACCCAUCCAAACAUUUGAACCACCCCUCCCCUCCCCAACCGGACUCCUCAACCAACUUUCUGAAAAAUAAUGCACCCCUGCACCACUAUACUAGGAUUGAUUGCGUCAUAAGAAAAGUUUGGGAAUGACAAAACAAGGGACAAUCGUAUGAUUACGAUUUUUAAAAAAGAAUUACUCCCCUUUCAUUAUGCAGAGUUUUAAAAUAUUGUUUUCUACGUUUUGUCAAUGUUUGCAUGUAUGGGGCAACAUGGUUGUAUGAAUUGGACAACAUGGUUGUAUGAAUGGGGCGACAUGGUUGUAUGAUUGGGGAAACCUAGUUGCAUGAAUGGGGCAGCAUGGCUGUAUGGAUGGGGCAGCAUGGUUGUAUGAAUGGGGCAGCAAGGUUGAAUGAAUGGGACAGCAUGGUUGUAUGAAUGGGACAUCAUGGUUGUAUGAAUGGGACAGCAUGGUUGUAUGAAUGGGGCAACAUGGUUGUAUGAAUGGGGCAACAUGGUUGUAUGAAUGGGGCAACAUGGUUGUAUGAUUGGGGCAGUAUGGUUGCAUGAAUGGGGCAGCAUGGCUGUAUGGAUAGGGCAGCAUGAUUGUAUGAAUGGGACAGCAUGGUUGUAUGAAUGGGGCAGCAUGGUUGUAUGAAUGGGACGGCAUGGUUGUAUGAAUGGGGUGACAUGGCUGUAUGAAUGGGGCAGCAUGGUUGUAUGAAUGGGGCAGCAUGGUUGUAUGAAUGGGACGGCAUGGUUGUAUGAAUGGGGUGACAUGGCUGUAUGAAUGGGGCAUCAUGGUUGUAUGAAUGGGGCAACAUGAUAGAAUUAUUGGGGCAACAUGGUUGCAUGAAUGGGGCAACAUGGUUGUAUGAAUGGGGCGACAUGGUUGUAUAAAUGGGGCAGCAUGAUUGUAUGAAUGUGGCAAAAUGGUUGUAUGAUUGGGGCAACAUGGUUUGAUUAAUGGGACAGCAUGGCUGUAUGGAUGGGGCAACAUGGUUGUAUGAAUGGGACAGCAUGGUUGUAUGAAUGGGACAGCAUGGUUGUAUGAAUGGGGCAACAUGGUUGUAUGAAUGGGGGAGCAUGGUCGUAUGAAUGGGACAGCAUGGUUGUAUGAAUGGGACAGCAUGGUUGUAUGAAUGGGACAGUAUGUCUAUAUGAAUGGGACAGUAUGUCUAUAUGAAUGGGACAGCAUGGUUGUAUGAAUGGGACAACAUGGUUGUAUGAAUUGUGCAGCAUGGUUGUAUGUAUGGGACAGCAUGGUUGUAUGAAUGGGACAGCAUGGUUGUAUGAAUGGGACAUCAUGGUUGUAUGAAUGGGGCAGCAUGGUUGUAUGAAUGGGACAGCAUGGUUGUAUGAAUGGGACAGCAUGUUUGUAUGACUGGGGCAGCAUGGUUGUAUGAAUAGGACAGCUUGGUUGUAUGAAUGGGACAGCAUGGUUGUAUGAAUGGGGCAGCAUGGUUGUAUGAAUGGGUAACAUGUUUGUAUGAAUGGCGCAGCAUGGUUGUAUGAAAGGGCAGCAGCGACGUAAGACGUAAAAUUAAGCAUUUGGGAAGCAACAUUAAUUGGUGUUGUUCAGAAAAUUAUGAUUUUAAAAAUGAAAAAAAAUAUAAAGAUGUACAAUUGCUAUAAAUUCUAUAGUUUAUAGAACGUAAUAUCAAAAGACGGCAUUUGACUGUAGUAUCUAAAGAACUAAUGUUUAUACAAUUUUCAGAUUACGAUAAAGCUUUAAAGUUGAUUAAUUAGCCACAAACAAUUUAGUAUCUAACGACGGUAUUCGACAGGUUCUUUCCCUUUGAUGAAGUCAGGAUGCUUUUUUUUGAGCCGAUUUAAAAAAUCAAUUAAUCAGGAAAUAUUUAAAAUAAUAAAUAUUUUCAAUAGAAUUGUUAUAAUUACUAUUUGACAAAAACUACAAAUAAAAGUUUUGAAUGAACAUAACACAACCAGUUCAAGGAACGCCAAAUUUUUCCCAAGAAUCUAUUUUGCUGCUCUCUGAUUACGUGUAAAAUAUUAAACAAUUAAAUUAAGGUAUGUUCCAAAAUACAUCCCUGAAUUUGUACGUAUCAAAAAUAUUUUGUAGGGGGGCCCUUUCUUUAGUCUUAUUAAUAUUUAAUAUUGUUGUGCCAAAGCCUUGAACAAUAGUUACCCAACGUUUCUUUGAUUUUUGUACAGCAACCCCUGUACAACUUCACCGCAGCGUACGGAGUCGCAGACAUGACACCCGAUUCACUGAAGAUGUUUUUCCAGAAACUGAAAGAUGAACCAGACAGUAAACUGUACCAGAAAUUCUGCAACCACUGGGUGGUGAGCGACACCGACAAGAGGUGCACAGAGGCCAUGAAAGCCGACAUCGUGUGCGGCGGACAGAUCUAUGACCUUACCAAGGCCCAGCAAUGCAGUGCUGACAGGCUGAAGAAGGCCAACGGUGCCCCGACCCAUAGCAGCUUUCAUUACGCGAUGCUUAUCCUGGUUGCCAUGGCGACCAAAUGCUGGGGAUCGUAGUGGCAGGACGUCAUGAAUGGACGCUGUAGAAAAAUAGAAUGGACUUAUGAGAAACUGAAAUGAUAAAUAUGAUUUUACAAUAAAUUAUAAUGAUAUUUAAAAUACUGAUUUUUGUUAACAGUUAUAUAACAAGGUAUAAAUAUGAUCGGUGUAAACAUGUUUGAUAUGAGUAAACAAUUUUGAAAAGAGUAAACUAUUUUUUGAUUUGACUAUAAUAUUUUGAUCUGACUUAAGUAUUUUUUUCUGACUAAACUAUUUUGAUCUGAAUGAACUAUUGUUAGCUUAUACAAUGAUUUGAUCUGAUUCUGUCCAAAGCUGAACAACUCAGACUCUGUUAUCCUUUAGGUCUACUGAGAAUGUUGUCAUUCAGCCGACUUGAAUUGAAAAAAAAAGUUGUUACAAUUAUAAAAGUACUGAAUGAUUUAUUUGUACGUGACCCAUCUUGCCCCCCUGACCCACCUUGACCCUAUACCCCAUCUUGCCCCCUGACCCACCUUGACCCUAUACCCCAUCUUGCCCACCUGACCUACGUUGACCCUAUACCCCAUCUUGCCCCCUGACCCACCUUGACCCUAUACCCCAUCUUGCCCCCCUGACCCACCUUGACCCUAUACCCCAUCUUGCCCCCCUGACCCACCUUGACCCUAUACGCCAUCUUGCCCCCCUGACCCAGCUUGACCCUAUACCCCAUCUUGUCCCCCUGACCCACCUUGACCCUAUACCCCCAUCAAAACUUUAUCUCAAACAUAUCGUCAAUUAGAACCCAUGACAGAUGAACUCGUGUUGUAGUUCAACUUGAAACAAUGGAAAGAUGUGUUCAUAAGGGAUGGGGGGGGGGAAGGGAGUUGGGCCUUGAGUAGCACUGGGAACUUCAAAAUAUCGCUUAAUAUCAGUGCUCUUAUCAGUGCUCUUAUCAGUGUUUUCAUAUUAGUGCUCUAAUCAGUGUUCUUAUCAUAGCUCUUAUCAGUGUUCUUAUCAGUGCUCUUAUCAGUGUUCAUAUGAGUGCUUUUAUAUGUGCUCAUAGCGGUGCUCAUAUGAGUGCUCAUGCCAGUGCUCAUAGCGGUGCUCAUAUGAGUGCUCAGGGCAGUGCUCAUACCAGUGCUCAUAGCGGUGCUCAUAGCCGUGCUCGUAUCAGUGUUUAAAUGUCAUUGAAGAGUAAUUCUAUUUUGUAAAAAUCCCACCAAGAAAUCCAUCUAAUGAGUUUACUGUUUCAUUUAACGACAACCCUGUUAUUAAUAAUUUCACCCAAUGUAUUUGUUAUUGAUAUAUAGCCACCGCUGUAUUUAAACAUUUUGUUCAAAAGAUAAACACGUUUCAUUUGUUUAAUUAGUUUUUUUUAGAUGGAACCAGCGUGCUUCCCCUAGCUGAUGAAAUAAUUACUCUUGGUGUCAAUAUUAUUCAAAUAGGAGUGAGGAUUUACGACACAUGACGGCUGGGUUAAGCACUAAAGAAAUGAAUCAUAACUUCUGACCUUUUGUUCUUGUUUAAAAAAUUAUCAUAAGCAGAAUAUUUAUCCAUAUCCUGAAUAUGUACGAUGAAUUCAACACACUUCUAUUAACUUGGCUCAAUAAAAUCUUAACGUAUCAUGUUUAUUGAUUUUACUUUAAAUAUGAUAUAUGUAUCAUACAGAUGAUGGGCUACCUAUAAUUUGACAUGAACUAAUUCAAUUUUUGAGCUGACAUCCACCUCAGUCAUGAACAUAUCUACAAAGAAAAUAUACUAAUUUUGUUUAUAAAUACAGUUUCAUUAACUUGUGGCUCUUUAAAAUAUGUAUCACUAAUUAUAUAUCACUUAAAACCAUAUUGGUCGUUGACUCGCACUCUUGUCAAGAUCAAUCAAUGGACAAAUUUACUUUCAUUUUCAAAGAUAAUCUACCACAUAAAUUGUUGUUUGGGAAUGUUGAAGCCUUGAAUAGCUUUGGAUGUGUGGAGUGAUUGCUUUACAAUAAUGCAUUUAUUAAACAAGUUGAAUUUAAAA